AUGCAAUACCGCACCGCUCUUUCCACUGCUUUUCUCGCGGCACCGCUGGCAGUGUCCGCGGCUGGCACUCUGGGUUUUGCAGUUGGAAACACCAAUACUGACGGAAGCUGCAAGACUCAAAGCGACUUCGAGAAGGAUUUUGAAGCGAUUCAAGGAAACACCGACGCUCAGAUCGUUCGAACCUAUUCUUCCACCGACCAAUACGGAAACUCAUGCGAUACUCCUUCAGAAAUUCUCCCAGCUGCCCAGUCCGCUGGGAUCAAGGUCCUACUCGGCCUCUGGCCAGAUGGUGGCGCCUAUGAAAAAGAGAAAGCCGCCGUGGACGACGCCGACCCGACUUCCUACGGGGACACCCUCUAUGGCAUCACCGUCGGAUCCGAGGGCAUGUAUCGAGGUACCUACACUGCCGAAGAACUCGUUGGCUGGAUUGGAGACAUGAAACAAAGUUAUCCCGACACCAAGAUUGGAACUGCCGAUAGCUGGAAUUGCUGGGCCAAUGGAACCAUGGAUUCCAUUAUCACCAGUGGGCUUGACUUGAUCCUCGCCAACGGUUUCUCAUACUGGCAAUACCAAGACAUUUCCAACGCGACCAAGACUUAUUUCGACGAUAUGGCUCAGGCGCUAGGUCACGUCCAGGAAGUCACGGGGAGUCUGGACAAGAUCCACUUUAUGAACGGCGAGACCGGGUGGCCUGGAACCGGUGGGACUGACGCCGGUGCCGCCAAAGCCGGCGAUGACAACAUGAAGACCUACUGGGACUCGGCUGUCUGCGGGCUCCUCGACUGGGGCGUCGAUCUCUUCUGGUUCGAAGCGUUCGAUGAGCCGAACAAGGCCGACGCCAUCGGCGACAAUGGCCAGUCUGCCAGUGAGAAAUACUGGGGUUCGUUCACGUCAGAUCGGAAUCCCAAGUUCAAUAUGCGGUGCUAG